GGUCGGGUCAUACCAGUCCAACCAAUGACAGCCAGCCACGUGUCCGGACUCCCAGCCUCACUCCACCCACCUAUCCUGCGCCAUCUCGCGUUAUAUAUAGUCGUCGCCAAGAUAUUAAACGUCACUCCUUUGGAUUCAAAGCAAAGCCUGCAGCAGCCUUCGCUUACAAUAUCAGGAAAUUUAGGAAAGGACUCGAUGUUGGUUCAGCUACUGCUUUUAUCAUCUAUUCUGUUGACCUGUGUAAGCAACGGGAACGCUGGUGUGACUAGUUCAUUUAUCCGUAAUGAGUGGCCAUCCGUCGAUAUUCCCCUAGACAAUGAAGUUUUUGCAGUCCCUAAGGGUUAUAAUGCCCCACAGCAAGUGCACAUUACCCAGGGUGAUUAUGAUGGAAGGGCUGUUAUAAUCUCAUGGGUAACAGCUGAUGAACCUGGGUCCAACCAAGUUCGAGUUGGCUUAUCGGAAGGGAAAUAUGAUUUUGUUGCAGAGGGGACAGUGCACAACUACACCUUUUACAACUAUAAAUCUGGAUAUAUUCAUCAGUGUCUGGUUGGUGAUCUUCAGUAUGACACGAAGUAUUACUAUGCAAUUGGGGAUGGUGAUUCUUCUAGAAAGUUCUGGUUUAAAACACCUCCGGAGAUCGAUCCAGAUGCUUCUUACAAAUUUGGAAUAAUUGGUGACCUUGGUCAAACCUUUAAUUCUCUUUCAACUCUGAAGCACUGUAUGCAGACCAGUGCACAGACUAUCCUAUUUGUUGGAGACCUUUCUUAUGCUGAUAGAUAUGAUAAUCAUGAUGUGGGUGUCCGCUGGGAUUCUUGGGGUCGUUUUGUUGAACCCAGUGCAGCAUAUCAGCCAUGGAUCUGGUCUGCUGGAAAUCAUGAAAUUGAGUACUUUCCACAUAUGGGGGAGGUUAUCCCUUUCAGAAAUUAUCUUCACAGAUAUCCUACACCUUAUCCCGCUAGCAAAAGCAGCAGUCCUCUGUGGUAUGCAGUGAGACGGGCAUCUGCUCAUAUUAUUGUCCUGUCCAGCUACUCUCCAUUUGUUAAAUAUACACCUCAGUGGAGAUGGCUUGAAGAAGAGCUCAAAAGAGUUGACCGGGAGAAAACUCCAUGGCUUAUUGUUCUGAUGCAUGCCCCGAUUUACAAUAGCAACAAUGCUCAUUUCAUGGAAGGGGAAAGCAUGAGAGUUGUUUUCGAGAGCUGGUUUUGUCAGUACAAAGUUGAUGUUAUAUUUGCUGGUCAUGUGCAUGCUUAUGAAAGAUCGUACCGCAUCUCCAAUAUAAGACCAGAUAGUUCCAAUCCUGUCCCCGACAAAUCAGCACCUGUUUACAUAACCGUUGGUGAUGGAGGAAACCAAGAAGGCCUCGCUAAUAGAUUUAGAGAUCCCCAACCGGAUUAUUCUGCUUUCCGUGAAGCCAGUUAUGGCCAUUCCACACUAGAGAUAAAGAACAGAACUCAUGCCAUUUACCAUUGGAAUAGGAAUGAUGAAGGCAAGAGAGUACCAACAGAUUCGUUUGUGCUACAUAACCAGUACUGGGGAAACAAUCGUAGAAGAAGAAAACUAAAGAAAAACCAUCUCCAUUCUGUCGUGGCCACUUUGCAAGUGGGAGAGAACUUGGAUUUGCUUUCCAUGGGCAUGUAACUCUCUCUGGACCCAGCAGCCGUCAAUCAACUCUCGUUAUAAGUGACCAGUUUGGUUCUGAUACGAAUGCUGAUGGUUCCUCAGGGAGAGAUGACGAUUCCAAGAUUCUGCCAGAGGAUGCUCAUUUCUGUGUCUUACAGUAUGGAACGGAGAUUUCGAAUAAAAAGGUAAGCUUUUGAUGAUGUUCCUGGCUUGAUUUUGGUUGAAACUCAGUUACCCUGUAUAAAAGAUGAUGAAGAUGAAUAGGUACUGAACCAGUCUCAACCUAUUUCCUGUGUUGUAUUUUAUUGUGUUGAUACCGGACAAGUUCACCCUAUUAAUUCAGUAUCUGCUUGUGUACAAUCAAGUACUCAUCAUCUGAUACAGAGCAUAAUUGUUGAGAGAA